GAGUGGUAAAAAUACUUGAAGCUUGAUUGAUUGAUUGAUAAAGCAUUAAUAUCUAUCUAUCUAUCUAUCUAUUACUCUGUACGAUUGAAUAUUUUGUUUACCAUCUAAUUAUACGAAUUGAAUCGAAUCGCAUAUAGAAUCUCGAGCUCGGGAAUACGUAGCUUGAAGAGGAAUCGAGGAAUUUCUGGAUUUUGGAUUUUGGAUUUUGGAUAUACGAGUGUUGUAUCGAAUUAAGAAUCGAGAAUUGAGAAUCAAGAAUCGCAAAGUCAAACUUCUAAACUUUCAAAUACGCGAUUGCUAGAAACAUCAAUCAAUUGUAUGUAUAUCAACACAGACAUACCUACAACACGAAACGAAACGAUACAAUAUCACAAUGACACCAUCAAAUCUCAAACACAUACCACGUUCGCUUUCCAAGCGCUCGUCAUCAAUCUCUAGAGCUAUAUCUGCAUCUCUAUCUAUCUCUCCAUCUCCAUCUCCAUCUCCAUCUACAUUCUCCCGCACAAACUCGCGGAGACCAUUCGCCAGCAGCGCUUCGAAGAAAGAUCAGAAUCGGAUAUAUUCUGCAGUCCGCUAUCCCCCCGACCUAGCUACAUACAUCAGUCUCAGCACUUCCAGCUCCAAACCUCUAUUGACGCUAUGGACCACAAGCUACUGCUCCACCUGCAAAAGCAUCUCUCCUCUCCUCCACCAAAUCCUCGAAGCGGGAGUGGGAGAACAGGAAGGCGGAGUGCUGUUUGCCGAGGUGGAAUAUGAUGCGCCGGAUGUGAUGAGUGAGGGCUUGGGGAUGAGGUAUAUGGUGAGGAGUGUACCGAGUCUAGUGGGGUUUUGGAGGGGAGAGGUGAUGGGUGGGGAGGGGGAGCGGUUGGGGAGUAGAGAGAUUCAGGAAUUGGGGAGGGAGGGGUUGGAGGAGUGGGUGAGGGGGGCGGCGAGGAGAGGGCGCGAGUGGAGAGAGGGGCAUCCGGGGGGAGAGGGACUUUUUGGGGGGUUGUGGAAGGGUUGGGGGAAAUGA